UGUCAUUGUCAAACAAGUCGAAACUUGUAACUGAGAAAGGCGGCAUGAAAUUGUAAAAUAAAUUUUAUAGUUUUUUAUUUAUUUAGUAAUGUUUUGUUUUUACAAUGUCGGUCCCGUUUGAUAUGUUAUUGCAUCCAGAACUUUUAAGUAAUGAACAGUUGAUAAGAGUUAUCCAAGAGAGACAUCUACGAGUUCCAAACUUGGGUUUGUUGCACAGAGAUGAACUAUUGGAUAUAUUUCAUAAUUAUUGCUUGCCUCAUGGCCAAAGGAAAUAUAGAGAUUCCGGGCGAGGCAAAAUACUGAACAAAUCGCGCCAACUAAGUCCAGAGCCAGUAAGAAAGUUAAAUGUUAUGAAUAAUCAAGAGAGUAAGGUUUACAAAGGCAACCCAGGCUGUGAUAGACUGAAACCUCCACCAGAUUGUGUCUCUAGUCACCCAAAGAGGAUUAAGAUUGAAACUACAAUAUCUCCCAUAACAAAUACAGGCUUCCUCAAUACUAAUAAAAGGAAAAAUUGUGCUGAUUCUAUCACUACAACAGACAGUCCGCCCUCUAAGAAAGAAAGGAAACCAAUAACAUAUCCAUGAAAUGUGAAUAUAAACAUUUAUUCUUAUUUAUUUAUCAGCAUCAGUAUUAGGGUUAUUUUCCACCAGAGAUGUGCUGUGUAGCUAUGCUGCGAGGAUGUAAUAGCUAAGCUGUAAAACUAUGUGACCAUUUCCACUGAUACUAAGCUAUGUUACUGUGUGAGGAAGAUGCACAGCUUGAUUAUGUGAUGUAUCGAUAGUAGGGAAGCCAUCAAUAGCACACACCCAUAGUAUGUAUCUUUCGCACCAGUGCUAAGUUAUGAGCACUAGUGAAAAUGAUUGCUGAAACCCAAAUGCAUAGCACAUCUCAGGUGGCAAAGCACCCUCAGGUGUUUUAAACCAUCACAAUGACAAUAAUGGUAAACUUAUAACUUUAUCCUCAUCAUGAUCAAGCAAUGGAUAUGUAAACUACCUUUAUUUUGAUACACCAAAACACUAAAUAUAUUAUGUACCUAAGAAAUGUUGAAUAAAAAUAAACUUUAGAUUAGAAGGUGCCUACAUCAUAUUCAUCAUAAACCAUCAUGUCAUUGUAAAUGUUACCAUUUUAUAAGUACACAAAUUAUAUAACUCAUUCCCAUCACUUAUGGUAUAAUAUCGCCAACCCGCAUUGAGCAAGCGUGGUGAUUAAUGCUCAAACCUUCUCCAUGCAAGAAGAGGCCUUUGGUCAGCAGUGGCCACUUAUCCACUCUAACGUCCAUGGAUACUAUAGUAUCCAAAGUGACGAGUUCUGUUUAACUCCCUCUAGUUUAAAAUACGGUCUUGUUUGGUGAGUUUUGACUGAUUAUCUAUACAGCUGAAUAAAUUGUUCGACGAAAAAAUAAGACAUGGCGUUGUAAUAUGCUUUGACAAACAAAAUAUAAAUUUUUAAAGUUAGUUGACUCGUUUUUGAAGUGUUUUUGUGAGUUCCAACAAUUAUGUCGUAAAUACUACAGUUUUGUUUAAUUUAUCUUGCAAGUGUUAUACAUCAAAAUAAACUAGAAGAUUUGUGCUUUACGAUGAUGUACAAAUAUCACAGUUUUAGCUGAUAAAUCUAGUCUAAUUUUAACUUCAAACGAUUGUUGUUUCGAAAAAAAUGGCCGGUCUGGUGUUGGCCACUUUUAGUUUUGUUUAUACAUAUUUUACAUACUUUGCAUUACAAUAGUAUAUAAAAUAUCGAAACACAUUUCGUAAUAAGCAAAAUAAUACAUUUUUCAAAGAGAAAUAUACUAAAUUCAUUGAAGAUUCCAUAAUAAUGUCAAUGUGUUCCUCAGGUUUUUUGAUGUGUAAAAUUACGAGUAGUGUUUUCUUUCGAUUUAAUUACAAUACUUAGAGUAAACCGAAUAUAAUCAUAUAUACAUCAAAAGAAAGGGUAAUGAGUCUAGUUUGUUGUAAAAAUAUUUUAUUGAUAAAAUAUGCAAUAGUUGUGCCGUAUAUUCUAAAAAGGUAGAAAUAAUUCUGUUUUUUUUUCUGUGUUUCAUGUUUAACCCGUUUUA